AUGAUCUCGUGGUUGCCAUGUAGAAACUCGAGAACCAGCGGCUGGAAGAGGCGGCUCGGCAGCGACAAGAGGAGCUCAGAAGGCAGCAGGAGGCCGAGCGCAAGCGUCUUGAAGACGCAGCGGCGACUGCAGGAGCGUGAGGAGAUCCGACGGAGGAAGGCGGAGGAGGAAGAGCGCAUUGCGAACCUCGAGAACGACGAGAGGCUGGUGAUCGCAGGAAUUGAAAAGCAGCUGAAGCUUAUUGGGGCCUUUUGGACGUCGACGCUGCCAUCUCGUGGAGAUGACGAAGCACUGCCGAUGUGUGUGGCAGUGCUAACUGUACGAGCCCUGGAGAAUCCGAUCUUAGGCUUGGACGAGGAUGUUAUCCUCGUUGGCGACAACACUGCAAAGAUCCACGGGUUUGACCGGAAGACGAAGAAACUUUUGUUCACUUCCUCUUGGGAAAGUGACGUGGAUGAAAGUCUUGCACUACGAACACCCUUGGCGAUGGCUUCGACUCGGUGCGGCAGGCUUCUAGUGUGUGAGCAGGGGUGUGCCCGCGUUGCAGUGAUCGAGCUCCGCGUUCUCUUUCAACUGUACUGGACCUGCGCUCUCGCCAACCAGGUGACUGGAGGCCAGACUUGCAACUUUGACGCAUCAACAGCUCGAACUGCUUUCAUUGACGGGAACUUGCAGCUCACUCUGCCUCGAGGUCUUGCGGUGGACGACGCGGCUGGCGAGUUUUACGCUAGCGAUGAGGCAACCAACUGCAUCAGAGUGUACAAGCUUCCGACGAACUCUAUCGCCAAAGGAGUCACGCUCGAGCGAAGUAUUGCUGGUUCUCGGGGAAUCGUGAUGAAGCGACCGACAGGCUUGGAUCUUUCGCAUUAUCACGUGGUCGUGUGCGAUACAGGCAACUCUCGCUUAGCCGUAUUCGCCAAGCGUGGAGCUUUCGUGCUGACAAUUGGCCGCAAGGGACUGCACGGUGGCGAGUUCUAUGAUUUACGAGACGUCAAGCUGGCUAACGUUCGAAAGCGAGCUAUUACUCGUGGAAUUCAGCCUGAAGCCGACGCUGGGAUCUCGAAUGAGCAGUUUGAAGCUAUCGUGGCAGACUGUGGCAACUAUCGAGUACAAAUACUCAACGAGCGCGGGGAGUUUUUAAGGCAAUUGUCGCUACUCGGAAGUCUGGAUCAAGUUGUAUUUCAACAUGAUCAGUUUGCAAGCCUACGAGCUGAAAUCGAGAGAGAAUACGCAGCGCUGCACCAGCGUUCACCUGUUUUAUCUGGUAAUCGCAUGGACGACAUUUACAGUCUUGCGACGAAGCUGCAUCCGACGUGCAACCUAUACGCUCGCCUCACAUCGUACCAAAUGGAGUGGCGUGAUAAGCGCUCACAUUUCCACCACCCAUUAGCGCUUGCGUACGCUCCAUCUGAGCGAGAGAUCGUUGUGGCCGACCGUGAAAAUGCCAGUGUGUACACGUACAACUUCGACGCUGCCGGCUGCACUUGGCUCCAGCUCCCAAGAAAUCAGCUUCGAGGAGUUUGCAGCGUGCACAGCUGUCUCCAGCUCAGCUUUACCAUUGGCAAUCCUGAAGAGCAGGCAAAGGAUACACCAAAGAAGACGUGGCUGUAUGUGAGUGAUCCGACGGCACAUCGAGUGGCUGUUCUCGAUUCAAGCAACCUGAAUUUGCAGUUUUUCAUCGGCGCCACUACGUACGGCGAUCAGCCGCUCUGCUCGAAUGGAUUUAAGCCCGGAGAGCUGAAUCACCCGUCAUUCCUCGCAACCUACAGCGUAGGCGAUGACGAAGUAUCUGCAAUUAUUGAAGGUAGCAACUCUUCUCAUCCACGCACUAUGCUAGUGAUCAGCGACAGUGGAAACCAUUCUCUAUCGCUUUUCGAUGCCCGAAAUGGUUCGUUCUGCGGUCGGAUCGGCGAGGGCUUUGGUCAUGUCGAGGGAUUCUUCGACUCGCCUCAAGGCAUAGCGGUUUGGAACAACCGACUACUCUUUGUAUCCGACCAAUGCAAUCAUCGCGUACAAGUAUUCGACUUGCAAACUCGUCGUUUCACGCGAGCUUUCGGUCGUCUGGGCACGGCACCUGGAGAAUUCAACUUUCCUACGGGCCUUGCACUCUGUUCAGCACUUCCUGAAACUCCGAAAUGCAAUUUUGGUCCUCAUCGUUCCGACAAACUCGUCGUUGCCGACACUGGUAAUUGUCGGGUACAAGUCCUUGACCUAAACGGCGGCGCACAACUCGUUUUGGAUGCGAAAGCCACGCCAUUUGACCAUCCACUUUCUCCCGUUGGAGUGUCGGUGCAACAGCGCAGCGGAUACAUACUGGUGAGCGAUGUUGCGAACCGCUGCGUGGUUAUUUUCACGAACUAUGGCGAAUUUCUCUCAGCUUUUGGAGCUACAGGCGAGGUGGAGACCCGCUUUGUCCAGCCCGCUGCUGUAGUUAUUGUCCCGCUGAGUACUGGUACCGAGUUAUUGCUAGCUGCUGACGCUAGUCGCUGUGAUAUUAGUUCAUUCAAACUCCGGUUGUAA